AUGAGUUGUAAAACACUCAUUGUAAAUGAGCUGUUGGCGUUCAUUCACAAUGCCAUCGAUACAAUGGACGAGGUUAGCAUCAUGCAAAUCUGCAAAACUAACUUUAAGGAGGAGGAAAUUAGCAGUGGCAAGGUGCUACUCUACCAAACGCUGGACAAGAUUGCCACGAUGCCGUCCCGCCGCAGGAACGGGGGUGAAAAAUGCAUACAGGAUAUCAUCAGCCUAUUGAAGGUGACUGAUCCCGAUGACGUGCCCGAUUUCGUCGCAAAGGAGUUGCAUAAACUUCCUCCGGUGGGAUUUGACCACGUCGAUGUUACGAGGCUCCUUAAGGACAUCACAUUCCUUAAGGCGAGUCUGGCCGAGGUACACACCAAGUUGGAGGCUUCAGAGAAGACCAUCUCCGAUUUACGAGUCGAGUUAGCGUCAUAUCGCGAUGCGCAUGCAAUAUGUAGGUCACCCGUGCCGUCAUAUGUGAAUGCACGUCGCGGAGAUCAAAAUGCAUGCGUCGGCAUUUUAACUGCUGAUGUUGAUGUGUCGCCGACCGCCGAUGACCCGAGUGAUGCCCCGCGCCCCACUCCCGUUACCUCUCCCCCGGAGAAGACAUCGCAUGUCACGUUGCCAGCUGCUCCUCAAUGUGACUACGCCGCCGCAGCCUCAAAAAUGACUGCGACCCCAAAAUCAUCAAAAGGAGUAAACGCACCCGUGCGGAAAAGUUUACCUUCAAAAACGAAGGACGUUGACGAGGAUGGCUUCACAAAAGUCCAGAAGAAGAAGAAGUUGAAUCGUCAGAACAAGUGCGGCACCGCAACGAAAGAUCCAAACCUGCGGAUGCGCGCAGAGGUGCCGACGACGCCGCUCUACGUGUCUCGUGUGCACUACUGUACCAAGACUGAAGAUGUUGUCGAGUACUUGCAUGCGAAGACAGGUUUGAGUCUGCGAGUGGAACGGCUGGAGUCUCGCCAUAAAGUGAGCUUCAACUCCUUCGUGGUGAGAGUACCGACCGCCAAGCUGAGCGUCUACAUGGACGAAGGGUUUUGGCCGCAGGGAGUUGUGUUUCGCCGCUUCCGCGGACGGAUACCCGGCCCCCCGGAAUCGCGUCACACGCCGAAGGCAUAG